AUGAUAACUGGUUGUCCUAAUGGUUGUGCUACACCCUACAUGGCUGAACUUGGAUUAGUUGGUGAUGGUCCUAAUUGUUAUCAGGAUUAUAGACAAUUUAGGCUAGGGGUUAAUGUAGAAUACAAUUAUUUGUAUCAGGGAUUUGAGAAACUCCAGGAAUUGGUUGACAAAUGGGAAGGUCCAGUGGAGUCAUCUUCUCGAUUCAACCUGAAACUAUUUGCUGAUAGGGAGACAUACGAGGCUGUGGAUGAACUAGCAAGGGUUCAAAACAAGAAUGCUCAUCAAUUAGCUAUGGAAGUCAUUCGCAAUUUUGUUGCUUCCCAACAAAAUGGCAAGAGUGAAUAA